AUGUCGCGCUCCGCGUCGGCUGUAUCUCUGUCUCUCCUGAGGAUUGUCCGAUCCGCUAAGCACGUUCAACAUCCGUCUCGACUGUCUCUCAUCCGACACGCAUCCCAGCGGGCACUAGCUGAAAGUGCAAGCAGCAGAAACGAAAAUGACAACCGUUUGGAACAGUCGGGCGUAGUCGCUAAGACAGAAGGUUCUGCGGCUAAUCAUAAUGCGUCCGGAUCGACGGCGGGAGGAAGAGUGCCCUCCACGGGGUCUUCUGCUGCGGAUGCUGUGAUCACAACGUUAAUUGGCCUUGCUGCAGUCUUUUUCGGCGGGAUAGCUUACGUCUCGUGGUAUAAGAAGAAUGUCCUUGACAAGAUUGAAUUGGCCUUUGCGAGGGGGUACGACCCUGCCCUGGAAGUCGCAAGCAGUGCCAAGGCGCAAAACAAUUCUGACAAGGAUGAAAGAGGUGCCGCGAACAGCAUUCAUAUGCAACAUAUGCGGCGCCAGGAGCAAGACCUAGUCGACAACAUCAUCGGUGGAAGGGAAGCUGGUCAGUAUUUCAUGUUGCUCGGGUGUAAGGGUACAGGGAAGGGUACAAUGAUCCUGGAUGCAAUGCAAGGCAUACAAGCGGAAGGUGUUGCAGUCUGUGACGCGCAUCCCAACUUGGAGGUAUUCCGGCUACGUCUCGGGCGGGCCUUGAACUACGAAUUCAACGAAGACACUCAAACGGGUUUGUUCCAAAGGCGUGAUCCUCGCGAAGGCGGUGCGGCGCUCGACAUAGAACGAGCGUUGAGUAAGUUGGAGAAGGUUGCCCUCCGCUAUGCGUGUCGCACGGGCCGUCCAUUAGUGCUCGUAUUAAACAACAUCCAUUUCUUCAACAACGACGAUGAUGGGCGGAAUAUGCUACUGCAGCUUCAGCAGCGGGCCGAAUCAUGGGCUGCAGGCGGCAUUCUCACUAUGGUCUUUAGCACCGAUGAUUUCUGGCCAUUCCUGGUAAUGCGAAAAGUAGCGAGCAGGAUGCAGGUCGUGUCUGUGCGUGACCUAAGCCUGCAAGACGCCAUCCACGCGUCCGCUCACAUGCGUCUGAGCGCUCGAGACGAAGCUGCCGACCCAGCCAUGGUGCGGGAGGCCGUGUCUGUUGUCGGCGGUCGUCUCUCCUACCUCUCGCGUGUCUCUCGCGCGCAGGAUAUGCGCAGUUGCGCGCACGACAUGCUCGCCGUUGAAAAGGCAUGGUUGCAAAGCCAGAUUGGGCUCAUUCCCGAUUGCGACGACGACGUGAUGGAUGAGCAAAAGUGGAGCUCGUGUUCGUGGUUGCUCCUGCGUGAAUUUGUGAGACAACGGGAGGAGGAUGAGCGCGCGAGGGACGAAGCCAUCGCCUCUGGCAUGCUGGACCCAGGGGAAGCCACCCAAGAACUCCCGCUUCCCAAGAUUCCGUAUUAUAAAUGUCGUCAAAUCAUGACGCGGACAGACUUUCUCGAAGACCUAGAUCGCGCUAACAUUAUCGCCAUCGAUACUAGUCAUGACGUUAUGCCAGACUCGGUGCUGUUGUUACACGCUGCUAAAGCCGUCGUCGAGGAGGAGGGAUUUGGCGAGCUGCUCGACAAUGUGCGCGCGAGAGUAGACGAGAUUGAGAGCUUGCACCGUACGAGAGAGUUGACGUUCAAAGACGUGAACGCGGGUGAUCGCAUCUGGCUGUCCGUCGACAAAGGCGGCAGUCUGUCCGUUGAUAGAUAG